CACUGACUCUUUAAACUCUUCUUUCACCACCUUCAAUCAACUGUUUGUCCUUUAAAAACAAAGUGAUCGUGUAAGCAAUUAAAUUGGUUUAGAUUUGGUUAUUUAAAUUUGUGUUCUUUUUUGCUAUUUAAUUUAUCUAAACAUGAAUACAAUCUGCAGGACCAUUAGGUGUACAUUAUUCUCUGCUGCUCGUCAAUCAAGUCAAUUUAAUGGUUUACAAUCAUCACGUAAUAAUACAACAGUCACUCUCAUACCUGGUGAUGGUAUUGGGCCGGAGAUCUCCAAAUCAGUUCAAGAAAUAUUUGAAGCUGCCAAGGUGCCAAUUGAAUGGGAAAUUGUUGAUGUUACUCCCGUAAGGUACCCGGACGGCAAAUAUGGAAUACCUACCAAAGCAAUUGAAUCUUUUUUGAAAAACAAAAUUGGUCUGAAAGGACCACUUGCAACGCCAAUCGGCAAAGGACAUCGAUCUCUAAACUUGGAAAUCAGAAAAGUUUUCUCGUUGUAUGCCAAUGUAAGGCCAUGUAGAUCAAUCGAAGGUUACCAAACAUUAUACGAUGAUGUUGAUGUUGUUACAAUCAGAGAAAACACUGAAGGUGAAUACAGUGGUAUCGAACACGAGAUUGUUCCUGGAGUCGUCCAAAGUAUCAAGCUAAUUACUGAACCUGCUAGUCGCAGAGUUGCCGAAUAUGCUUUUAAUUAUGCCAAAGCAAAUGGACGUAAAAUCGUGACUGCUGUACAUAAAGCAAAUAUAAUGCGUCUUUCUGAUGGUCUCUUCCUUCAAUGUUGCCGAGAAGCAGCAGAAAAUCACCCUGAAAUCAAAUAUAAAGAGAUGUAUCUUGAUACCGUUUGUUUGAAUAUGGUUCAAGAUCCAAGCCAAUUCGAUGUUCUUGUCAUGCCAAACCUUUAUGGUGAUAUUUUGAGCGAUCUGUGCGCUGGACUAGUCGGUGGUCUUGGUUUAACUCCAAGUGGUAACAUUGGUAAAGAUGGAGCUGUUUUCGAAUCUGUACACGGAACUGCCCCUGAUAUUGCAGGUCAAGAUAAAGCCAAUCCAACUGCUCUACUUCUCAGUGCUGUAAUGAUGUUGAGACACAUGAAUUUACCAGAUCACGCUAAUAACAUUCAAUCUGCUUGUUUAAGCGUUAUCAAAGAGGGAAAAAUGUUGACUGCUGAUUUAGGAGGAUCUGCCAAAUGUUCUGAAUUCACCAAGGAGAUAUGUUCACGACUAGGCUAGUGUUUAGAAUUAACAAUGACCAUUAAAGAUCACAUUUUAUGAUAGUAAUCAUCUACUAUCCAACUGAAUUAGGCCACUGCUUAGGAACAUCAAGUAUUUUACUGCCUUCUCCAUUUUCGCUCUUUCUCUUUCUCUUUUCUUUUGCUGUUUUUUGUCAGAUAAAAGCAUGGGAAAUUGCAGUUUAAACCUUUCCGCUAAUCAAUUAAAGUUAAUAUUAAUGCUAGUGAAAAC